AUGUGUCCUCGACCUACUCGAACAUGCGAAAUCUGCGAGAAAGUUGUAUCCAAAUACACCUGCCCUUCUUGUCUUAUCCCUUACUGCUCCUUGAGUUGUUUCAAGAUACACAAAGAAACUCCAUGUGCUAAACCUUCUUCCACCGAGGAAAAUCCAGCGGCUUCUCCAACAAAGGAAGUCCCUGUGGAGAAACCAGUGUGUGUCGAGGAAGCAAACGUUGUUAUAGAAAAGACACAGCUCAAGGCCAUUGCUGCAACUCCAGUAAUCUCUGUGGCAAGACCGAUAAAUGUAGAGGAAGAAAAGUUUGUUGUAGACAAGACACAGCUCGAGGCUAUAGCUUCUUCUAGUGAAAUCCGAGAAGCUCUAAAGGACGAAGCCCUUCAGAAACUUAUCUUCAAUAUUGAUACUUCUUCCAACCCUUUGAAGGAACUCGAUGAAGCCAUGGGAGUAGAAGCUUUCCGCAUAUUCACAGAUAAGAUUCUAUCAAACAUUUCGGAGAGUAAAUGA